AUGCCUACUGCUGGGUGGUGGGCCCUCGUCUUGGUCGCCUUCCCUGCACUCGUCGCUGGCCUUCCGUUCACCGAUAGGGCGCCCUGGAAACCAGCCGAUGCGACCAUUCCUUUCAUUAAACGCACUCGCUUGACACUCGGAGAGAGGGAAUAUGAAGAUCCCGCCAUCCCCAGAGGGACAGUUGGUCUUGGCGAUAGGGACGACGUGUUUUACACCGUAUCGGUGACGAUCGGGGACACCGCUACCCCUCUCAACAUCGAUACCGGCUCCAGUGACCUUUGGGUCAUCACCCCAAACUGCCACACCUUAGAGUGCAAUGCAUCGGACGCUCCGCGAUAUAGCACCAACUCAAACGAUGAACGCUUCCAAACUGGCAAUGCAGCCGUCGAUCUGAGAUACGGAGACUCGCUGACUGGGUCGUACGCGCGUGGCCUUGUUGGCCGUGACACAAUCACGCUUGCUGGGUUGACCAUGGAGAACCAAACCUUCGCUGCUGUUAACGACACAGACAACUAUGCAAUCACGAACGGCGCGUCUGGGGUCCUGGGGCUUGGGUUUCCCGCUCAGGGAUUUGUGCAGUCUGCAGUUUUGAAUGCCGAGCUCGGGAAUGCCUUCGGCAUUGAUGCCUUCGUUGAGAAAAUCGACAAGGCCGGCCCCAUCGUACCGCGUCUGAUCAUGUCAGGAGCCGUCGAAGAACCUCUGUUCGCGCUUACUCUUCAGCGGGAUACGAUUGACGUCUCAGGCCAAGGUCAGCUUACCAUCGGUCGGCUUCCGGAAGGUGUCGACAACUCCAGCAUUACCUGGGUACCCGUCCGGCUGUACAGCUCUGAUGAAGGCGGUCUCUCUGCGCCGUCGUUCGCUCCUGAUGAGGUAUACCCUCUUCGUUGGGAGGUAGAAAUUGACGGCGUGUUUCUCGACGGGGAAAAACUCCCCGACAUCACGCAGCAAGCCGACGAUAUCAGUACUCCGCCUCUCUCCGCCCUCAUCGACAGCGGUAGCUCUCUCAUCCGCGGACCCUCCGACGUCGUGAACGCCAUUCUUUCCCAGGUCUCACCCGCCUACUCCGCAGACCUAAGCGCCCCUUCUCGCCUUCCAUGCUCCGCCGCGCACACGCUCGCCUUUCAGAUCGGCGGGAAGAUGUUCCCCGUCGACCCGCGCGACUUUGUCGCUCAAGCCGCACCGGGAGACGUGUCGGAGUGCGUGGCGGACAACGUGGUCGGGACGGACGCACCGAGCGCGGGCGCGCUCUUUAGCUGGGUACUCGGCGAUCCGUUUCUAAAGAGCAACAUGGUCGUGUUCUACUACGGGAACCUGACGCAUCCGUCCGUGGAUCCGCCGCGCGUGGGCUUCGUGUCGCUUGUGCCACCGAAUGCUGCUGAACUCCUGCAUGACGCCGUGGAGCGCACGCAGAAUGCCGACGGGAGAUAG